AUGGCCGGUACAACCUUCAGACCAAUUCUGGAGUGGUACAACCGCUCCAAACACCGGUUGUACCGGUCAACCGGUACAACCUCUCUAUGGGGCGGUACAACCUCUGUGUGUCAAACAGGCCACCAGCUCCACGCGCUCCUCACCAAGCAUGGCCUCCUCCACCACCCGGCCGACCUCCGCGCCGUCCUCUCCCGACUCCCUGCCUCCCCGUCGUCCCUCGCCUUCCUACUCUCCGCCCCUCCGGGCGUUCUCUCCCAGUCCCUCUUCUGCCCGUUCAUCGCCGCAUUCUCCUCCUCCCCCGUUCCUCACUUCUCGCUCGUCAUCUUCAACCACGUCUCCUCCCUCUCCAUCCCCACUCCGCUCCCCACCUUCCCCGCCCUCCUCAAAUCCUGCGCCCGGGCUUUCAAGCUGCGCUCUGGAGCCAGCGCGUCCUCCGAGGCCUUCGCCUUCAAGGGGCUGGAGUUGCACUGCCGCGUCCUAAAGCUGGGCUGCGGUGCGGAUCGCUACGUGCAGAACGCGCUCGUGUCCAUGUACGGCAAGCUCGGCCGUCUCAGGGAGGCGAGGAGGGUGUUCGACGAAAUGCCUGUUAGGAACGCCGUUUCCUGGAACGCCCUAGUGGGUGCGCACGAUGUGGCGGGUGAUUCGCAUGGUGCAGAGCGAUUGUCUCAGGAAACGCCUGACCGGAACAUUUCAUGGUGGAACGCCGAGAUCGUGCGGAAUGCGAGGGCUGGUGAUAUGGAGGAGGCAUCGCGGGUCUUCAGUGAGAUCCCUGACAGGGACGUUGUGUCAUGGAACUCCUUGAUCGGUGGCUAUGUGAAGCUCAGGAGGUACAAGAAAGCAUUGGAGAUCUUCCAAGAGAUGCAGGACAAUGGCAUCGAGCUGACCGAGCUAACACUUGUGUCUGUUCUUGGGGCAUGUGCAGAGAUUGGCGAGGUGGAGCUUGGGAAGGGUGUCCACAGUUACCUGGAUAGCAAGGGCAUUGCGGCUGAUGGUUAUGUUGGUAACGUGCUCGUUGAUAUGUAUGCGAAAUGCGGCAGAUUGGACCUUGCCAUGCAAGUCUUUGAAAGCAUGUCAACCAGGGACAUUACUUGCUGGAAUGCAAUGAUUGUUGGGUUGUCGGUUCAUGGCUACUCACACAAGGCUCUGAAGCUCUUUGAUUCGAUGAAAGUUGAGCCUGAUCAUGUCACAUUUCUUGGUGUCUUGAUUGCCUGCAGCCAUGGUGGCCUAGUGGACGAGGGGAGAUCAUAUUUUAGCAGCAUGGCUGCAGACUACAAAAUUGUGCCGGAUGUGAAGCAUUACGGGUGCAUGAUAGACAUGCUCUGCCGCUACGGUAAAGUUGCAGAAGCAUAUCAAAUGAUGGAUGAUAUGCCCGUCAAGGCAAACUCUGUGCUCUGGAAGAUGGUGUUGGCUGCAUGCCGAGUGCAUGGGCAAAUGGACCUUGCUAAAAAGGCUUUCCACAAAUUGCAUGAGCUGAUGCCCGCUGAUGAUGGGGAUGUCAUCACGAUAUCCAAUGUUUAUGCAGAAGCAAGGAGAUGGGACGACGUUGAGCAUCUGAGAACGAGGAUAACCGAACACGGUGUUCGGAAGCACGCCGCACACAGUCAAGUUGAUGUUCCGUAG